CAGAGGGAGGUGGGGAGAACCAGACCCAAGACAUCUGGGAAGAAGAACCUACCUCCUUCCUCCUAGAGCCGCGCAGCUGGACAGAGCAAGCUGAAAAGAGUCUGUGUAAAGUAACAGCCUUGGACAGGCAAGUGUUCCCUCCGCCACCCCUGGGAUGUGGUCGUGAGGCGGAGCCCACAGCCCUUGCAGGAAGAGGCUCUCGGUGCCAUGGCCCAGGUCAGCAUCAACAGUGACUACAGCGAUUGGGGCCCCAGCAGGGAUGCUGGGGAGCGGGCUCGUCUGCUGCAGAGUCCUUGUGUGGACACAGCCCCCAAGAAUGAGGGCGAUGCCGCUCCUGGGGGCCCUGACAGAGGCACCACUUCCACGCUUGGGGCUGUCUUCAUCGUGGUCAAUGCCUGCCUGGGCGCAGGACUGCUCAACUUCCCAGCAGCCUUCAGCACUGCUGGGGGCGUGGCGGCCGGCAUCAUGCUGCAGAUGGGCAUGCUGGUUUUCAUCAUCAGCGGCCUCGUCAUCCUGGCCUACUGCUCCCAGGCCAGCAAUGAGAGGACGUACCAGGAGGUGGUGUGGGCUGUGUGUGGCAAGCUGACAGGCGUGCUGUGUGAGGUGGCCAUCGCUGUCUACACCUUUGGCACCUGCAUUGCCUUCCUCAUCAUUAUUGGGGACCAGCAAGACAAGAUUAUAGCGGUGAUGGCAAAGGAGCCUGAGGGGGCCUUCGCCAGCCCCUGGUACACAGACCGCAAGUUCACCAUCAGCGUCACCGCCUUCCUUUUCAUCCUGCCCCUGUCCAUCCCCAGGGAGAUUGGCUUCCAGAAAUAUGCCAGCUUCCUGAGCGUCGUGGGCACCUGGUACGUCACUGCCAUCAUCAUCAUCAAAUACAUCUGGCCAGAUAAAGAGAUGACCCCGAGCAACAUCCUCACCAGGCCGGCUUCCUGGAUGGCAGUGUUCAACGCCAUGCCCACCAUCUGCUUCGGAUUUCAGUGCCACGUGAGCAGUGUGCCCGUCUUCAACAGCAUGCAGCGGCCUGAGCUGAAGACCUGGGGCGGGGUGGUGACGGCUGCCAUGGUCAUAGCCCUGGCCGUCUACAUGGGCACAGGCAUCUGCGGCUUCCUGACUUUCGGAGCCGCUGUGGACCCCGACGUGCUCCUGUCCUACCCCUCGGAGGACAUAGCUGUGGCCGUUGCCCGCGCCUUCAUCAUCCUCAGUGUGCUCACCUCCUACCCCAUCCUGCACUUCUGUGGACGGGCGGUGGUCGAGGGCCUGUGGCUGCGCUACCAGGGCGUGUCCGUGGAGGAGGACGUGGGGCGGGAGCAGCGGCGGCGCGUGCUGCAGACGCUGGUGUGGUUCCUGCUCACCCUGCUGCUGGCGCUCUUCAUCCCUGACAUCGGCAAGGUCAUCGCCGUCAUCGGAGGCCUGGCUGCCUGCUUCAUCUUCGUCUUCCCAGGGCUGUGCCUCAUUCAAGCCAAACUCUCUGAGAUGGAGGAGGUGAAACCAGCCAGCUGGUGGGCCUUGGUCAGUUACGGAGUUUUCUUGGUCACUCUGGGAGCCUUCAUCUUUGGCCAGACCACAACCAAUGCCAUCUUUGUGGAUAUCCUAGCAUAACCACUGCCUCGAAAGAAGCACAUGGCCUUGGCCAUUGGACCCAGGAACCUGCCUCUUGGAGCUGUGGGGCCUCCCCAAGUCCAACGUCAUUCCAGCUGGAGGGUGAUACCUGCACAUCUAAGGGCAGUUCUGGAGCAGCAUCUGGCCCUGCACCUAUGGACUGCUCAGACCCAGCUCCCUCCAGCCCUGGCAGUGCUGUGGGUGGUGGCAGACUAUCUCGUGUCAUAAAGGGACUUCCAUUUCCCAACUCUCAGUUCUCUAUGCCUGGACCCCAGGGGUGAAGACAGUCUCAGAAGAUCCAGGUGUGAAGACGGAGUCUCAGGUCAGGCAGGGUGGCACAUGUCUGAAUCCCAGCAUUCAGGAGGCUGAGGCAAGAGGAUCGCCACAUGUUCGGGGCCAGCGUGAACUAUGUAGUGAGAUGCUUUCUCCAAAAAAAGAGAAAAGAGCAUGUGGAAGGGUCUAGUGUCUUUCACACAAUAGCCUGUGCUGCGUACGGGCUGUGCUCAGUACCCAGGGUCUGGUGCCUGCGCCAGUCCAUCAGCCCCCACGGCAGUGGUGGCCUCUCCUGGGGUCUGGCAACUCGAAGGUAGCACUGAAGUCAUACAAAUGCUGAGACGGGUAGAUACGGCUUGUCCACUCCCUCCUGGACCACAGUGAGCCUGGUGGCCCCUUUCCUGUGGCUGGCUGACAUUCCUUAAGUCUUGGGGGCCCCAUCCUGCCUCUCCCAAACCUGAUAAUCCAGGUUGGGCCCCUGCGUUCCUCCUCAGACAUCACCAAGUCUACUGUUUACAAAUGGUGCCGGCCCAGCUCUGAAGCCAGGGGCGCCCGUGCUGUGGUGCUGAAUACUGUCCUCCUCGUUGCUUUCCCCACGGGCAGAGGGGAGUCUGCUUUUCUCGGAUUUUCAGAGGCUCAGAGUGGAUGACCGAGGAGGCUGGGACCCUCCACAAAGGCGGGGCUGGCCGGCGUCCGGGUGAACCUCACCUUCUCUUUCAGCAGUUCCUUCCCCUCUCCCCGCCGCUGCUCUCCCCGCUCCCCAGCCAACCCAGAGAGGGAAAGUUCCCUCCCAGCCUGGAACUUGGCUGCUGCCGCCCUCCUGCACCCCCACGCUGCUUCACCCCAUCCCAUUUCUCUGUGUAGCUCAAGGUGUUUGCUAUUUGAGAGUCGGGAAGCCCUCCCAUCCGCUUCCUCCGCUCUCCACCUCUGUCGGGUCUGGCCUCCGCUGCCUGUCAGCCAUCUUGAGGUCACCCCUGGAUUGUUGCCCCAGACAGGGUGAGGAGCUUCACUGUUCUCUCCCUCCGUGGUCCCGCUGUUUGACCCCUUUGGCCCCCUCUUCUGCCCCCACUCACGUUGGUAAAUCCCAGGUACAGAAUCAGACUUCCCCCAGACAACCCCAGCGUUUCCUAGGCUCCUCCUACCUCAGCCUUCCCUGUGGGAAUGAAAGCCCCCCACACCCAGCCAGCAGCCUACUGGCUGGGGCAGUCAGACCUAAGAAAUAGAAUCAGGCCGGGCUUGGUGGCACAUGCCUGUAAUCUGGCACUCAGGAGGCUGAGGCAGGAGGAUCACUGUGAGUUCGAGGCCAGCCUGAACUGCAUAGCGAAAUCCUGUCUCAAAAAGACAAAAAAAAAAGGAUCAGGCUGGGGCCAAGGUGGAUAAGCUCCAUCUCUCCUGGGGCCUGCUCUUCCCCGCACCCAGGCCAGCCCCUCUCUGCUGUCCUCUCAGCCUCUGGCACAGCACCAGGCCCUGCAAGACUACAGGACGGGUUGGCAGCUCCACAGCCUUCAGUGCGGCGUAGGAGGGGGCGGGGGUGAGGCAGGGGCGCCGUGCAGAGGUGGGCUGGCCCAGGAAAGGAGCCGGACUCUAACCUCUGAGCCUGACCUCAGCCCCUUCCUGGCCUCUAGCUUUCCCGCCCCUCCCCUCUCCAUCCGGGUAUUUUUUGUUUCUCUUCUACACGUUCAGAGGUGGGAAGAUGGUUAAUAAAGGGGCUCGUGCUGCUGA